AUGAGCAUAAGACAACUUUACUGGAACCCUGAAAAAUCUCUUUAUUUGCGAUUGGAAGAACGACCAGAACUCAUCUAUCAUCGUCUAACAAUUAAUCUAACGGAAGAUGAUGGCGAUGGCAUAGCUAUACUUAAUUGGUAUCAACGUAGUGCGAAAAUGACCGAUGGAUUCUACCAAAUUGAAAAUGUUUUUAGACACAAACUUCUAAUUGCUCGAAAAAAUAAUCGAGUCUAUGUGGGAGAUAGUAAACAACUCGGACAGAGCAUUUUUCGUAUUGAGCACGUUCAACAUCGUGAAUAUCGUCUCCGACACAAUCAAUCAAACAAAAUACUUUGUAUUUAUCAACAAUCAUUGAAUCUUGAAGCACCACUCGCACUCGACUCUCACUCUGAUCAGACAUUAAUAUUUGAACGUGUUGAUUAUAAUACUAUUGAGUAUUAUAUUUGGCCUACUCAUCAGCGAUCGACAAGAAGAAACAAAGCGCUCGAUGUUCACAAUGAUCCUCCAAGCCAUGCUGGACAGAAUGGAUCACCAGUCCAAUUGUAUGACUUUCAUGGCGGACCUAAUCAACGUUUCCGUUUGAUUGCUGUUGAUGAAAAUAUUUAA